AUGGUGAGAGAGAAUGGAGCAGGGAGGGGCGGUAAGAUCCCUGUGAGGUGGACGGCGCCGGAGGCCAUCGCCUACAGGAAGUUCACCUCGGCCAGCGACGUGUGGAGCUACGGCAUCGUCAUGUGGGAGGUCAUGUCCUUCGGAGAGCGGCCCUACUGGGACAUGAGCAACCAGGAUGUCAUCAACGCCAUUGAGCAGGACUACAGGCUGCCCCCCCCUAUGGACUGCCCCUCCGCUCUGCACCAGCUCAUGCUGGACUGCUGGCAGAAGGACCGCAACGCUCGGCCACGCUUCGCCGACAUCGUCAACACCCUGGACAAGAUGAUACGCAACCCCACCUCCCUGAAGACCAUGGCCAACAUCCCUGCCAUCCCCUCCCAGCCUCUCCUGGACCGCUCGGUCCCAGACUUCAGCAGCUUUGGCUCUGUGGAGGAGUGGCUGGCCGCCAUCAAGAUGACUCAGUACAGAGACAACUUCCUCAACUCGGGCUUCACCUCCCUGCAGCUCGUCACCCAGAUGACCUCCGAAGACCUGCUGAGGAUAGGUGUGACCCUGGCCGGCCACCAGAAGAAGAUCCUCAGCAACGUCCAGUCCAUGCGGGUGCACAUGAGCCAGUCGCCCACUGCCAUGGCAUGACUACAGGGGGCGCUGUUCUGCGAGGCGGGCAGCAUUCGGAGGAACAACAACAACCGCAGCAGCAGCAGCCCCCGAAUGACCUCCGACCCCUCGGAACGCGCCAGGGUCGAGACCAUCAUCCUAAUCUAAUCCAACGCCGCACCCCGCGCGACCAGACUACCCAUCAUCCACUGCUGUCGUCACGCUCUUCUGGAGGGCAGCGUUGAGACUCCGCUUGUCAUGUGCUCAUCUCUUAUCUGGACCUGGGGCCCACGUCUCUGCCGGGACGACUGACUUCCAGAUGUGUUUAAACCACCCUCACCCCACCCCGGCCCCAAUCGACCCCCAUAACACAGGCACAUCCACAGUCUCAGAGAAUAUCAGACUUGGUUCUUUUAUAGGCUUUUAUCAUUUGAGUCGAUUUUAUAAGGAUACCCGGUGUUUUAGAUGAGCAUGUCUGAUGUGGCGCUGGAAGAAACGACCUGAGUUAGGAUACCUUGACCUUUGCAGAGCUACCUGGGAAAAUGAACUUUUGGAGAAAGCGACAAAGAUAGACACACAUCCAGAGAAUGUUUGGAUGGUAUCUCAGACUGAACUUACAGUUUUGGACUUAUGGACUCUGUGGAAAAUGAUUUCCAUUGUUUAAAUGAUUUGCCAUUAUUAUUAUCCCACCCAAGAGACAGGGCUCUCUCCUUGUUCCUUCUAACUUCAACACUACCUGGGGAUAUCUGGGAGUGAGGCCCUGCCAAAGGACCUCCCAAACAGCCUCCCCCAGAUUCUGAGAAUAACAUAAAUAUGUACAUCUCUUACUAAAUAUAUAUAUAUCUUUAGAAUAAAUCUUCAUAUUGAAGGUGGCACAUAUGAAUAUUCAAUUGUACAAAACUGUCUCUGCUUGCAUUUUUUUGCAAAAUACGUGUUUAAUGGCAGGAUUGUAAUGGAGGCAUGUGUCGUUUCCUAGAGCGCCCCCUAUCCCUCCGGAGGUCAGCCCCGACCCUGUUCUAUUGCUCACCUCACUUCCCUCGGGGGCCUGAGGAAACAGCCUCAACAAACUCUCACCUGGAAGAAACCGUACAAAAGACCAUGUACAAAGGACUGUUGUCGUAGAUGUUGAUGUAAAACUAUUGUAGAGAAGAAGAAAAAAAGAAGAAAAAAUACACGGUGUUAAAUGUGGGUGUGUAUCCAUGCUGUAUCUUGCUGGUUAGCACUUACUUGUACAGAUGCCUUUCUUUUUUUCCUUGUUGUUUGUGUUGGAAUGUUUGGAACAGUCCAGAAUAGAGAGGGUUGUCUACACCUGCCGGCCCAAGUCAUAAGGUAGGUAUCUACGAUUGUUGCGGAUACAUAAAUGUGACAUAAAGGUCUUUAUAUCAAACACAAAGACAAGUGAAGCUAUGAUUUGGAGCAGUUACGAUGAAACAAAGAGAAUCCGAGGGUGUGUGAGAGAUUCAUACUAAUAUUCAUUUCACCGCCAUAGCAUCAACGUUGUAGGACCUCAGACCUUUCUCACCUGUCAUGCAUGUUCCACACACCUUCAAAGGUGUUCGUCUAGACACAAGCAAUCCAGAACCCCUCCAAAUUGAAAGCACCAGUAAACUCACGGGUACACAUGGUUAUGGAAGAUUUCUCCAUGGCGUCGAGACACCCAGCAGAUUGCUCAGGUGUUCCCCAGUAGCAGUCUGAAAGGCUAGAGGUGACAGGCAGGCAGACAGCCAGCCAGACAGGAACAGCAGAUCAGCUCAUCGAGCCAGCCUGCCGACCACUCUCCACCCAACGCCUCGGAAACAUCUGGGGGGGUCGGCUGGGCCAGCCAAUGCCUGAUGCCACCCUGAUGGGCACAGAGACUCAGGCUGCCCACGAGGGCACCAGCCUCCAUCCAGCAUGGGCCCCUCGUCAUAAAGACUAGUGGAGGUUUAUACAUCCAGAAUCGCCAUGUAUGGUCACUGUUAGCUUUACAACAGAACAAACAAGGCGGCCUCAAAACCCAACGUUGGCCCCCAUCCGUCGAGUUCCUGUCACUCCCGUGGUCUCACUCUCUCAUUAAAUGCUAGAGGGAAAAUUCUCAGCCUUUGUGUCGGUAAUGGUCUAUUAGUGAGUGCCUUUGAUGCCUGCGCCUGACAGCAGUGCAGUACACGACAAUCACAUUGUGGAACACGCACUUUACUUGCUCAUUACAAUUGCAAGACUUAUGGAAGGGUAAAGCAAGUGCGGCCUAAAAAGCACGAAACUUUGUAACUCAUGUUCUUAUGCAAAUGUCAAAGACCACUAAUGCUUGGCAGAUCCAGUAUUUUUAUUUAUUUUUAUAAAACAAUGUUGAGAGCUUGCCAGUUAUGUAGGCAUUGUUACAGUUCCAACCAAUCACUGCAACUUGGUGGUACUUAAGACCUCUGCGGUUGCCUUUUGCAAAAUCCCUGUUGUGAAGAGAAAAUGAACGAAAACUGACAAUGUGUCCCUCACCCAGCGGCCCCAGAGAUCCAGCUGGUGGCCCCUCACAGCCUGUUGAGAUCAGAUCAUACAGAUGUCCGUAGUUCGAGGAAGCCAGACAAAGUCCCUCGGAAAGAAAGUAAAUGGAGGUUGAAGACGGAAGGUAUUUUAGGAGCCGAUUGAGGAAUUGUAGCUUGUACGAGCUAGCGAGGAACUGCACAGCACACAGCUGCCAUCCAGGCAGCCCAAGGUGAGCUGGCGUUUUGUGAUUGCCACAGUGAUUGGUGUCCGUAGCCGGUUGCAGAGGGGAUGUCUGGACUGAUCAUGCUCCAGAGAGCUGGAGGGGCUCAGGUUAUAUCAUGAUCAUAUCAACUGUGGCCUGGUUCUUUAGGCUCAGGCUUCUAAAGACAUACAGUACAGGACUGGUGUUAAUGCACGGCGUAAAAACUCCAGCAGGAGUUCCAUGGCGAUGCGUAAUGUACCGUUUUUGGUUUAUCCAGCACCACUUGGGACCCCCCCCCCCACAGAAAUGCCUGCUCCAAGGACUGCCUGACGUACUAGGAUAUCCCUGACACUCAAUACAGCAGUGUUGCGUCAUGCACAUUCUCAUGACAUAAAAGCCUCGGUCUUGACACCGUGUCAAAGUCAGUGUGGAAGGCGCUCUCUGGGGUCCGAUCUUGUUACCUUUCAUUCUCCUUCCUCUGCAGAGCACCACUUGUUUUUUUCCCCCUCAAAAACCUGAAGCUCUCAUAUCACGCCUUCACGGCGCCUCCAAGAUCCUCACUGCAGCCUUCCCAGGGGAUGAUGUCAUCACCGCAUGUUUCGGUGGUCAGAGAGAUAUCAUAGGCUGGCGUCAUUCUGCGGCACUCCCACAAGGAUCUGGCCUCCCCUCCGUGCCCUUCACGCUCCGAGAGUUCUUCUCUCCAUGACAGAAGGGUACAGUAUUGACUUCUCAUUUCUAGAAUGAGAAGUCGAUGGCAGCCCCGUUAAAAGAGUAUUAAGUAGGGUCCCCCCUCCUCCCCCCCCUCCUCCCCCUCUGUGUUAGCCCCCGCCCCUUCCCCCCUGUCCUGGUUGAGCACCAGCUCAUUCAUCCUGGGUGUAACGAAGCCAUUGUGGGCCCAAACUGUGCAAGUCCACGCCAGGCUUUGCUGGGGCCGUGUGUGUGUGUGUGAGGGUUGAGGGAUGGUUCCCUCUGUGCUCCAUCGACUCCAGGCUGGGUCCGUGGAUACCUGCUGGGACCCACAUCUGACAGGCAUCUGAUCAGCCCCAGGGUGGCCAGAGUGAUGGGGCUGUUAGACCGCAAACACACGCGCACGCACACACAUACACAGAAGGGUCGUCUAUCACAGCCUGGACACCACAGCCUGGUCCUUAGUGAAGAGAGAGUAGCCUAGGCUUGACAACCUGUGUCUGUACAAAGGGGGCGGAAAAAAAGGAUAGACAAAUUGCUGGUAAAAAAAGGAGUUUAGAGAGACAAAAUGGCCCCCAGAGAAGUCGUCCCUCAUGGGAGGCAGAUUGGAUGUUUUCCGACAACAGUUGCGUGAUCUAGUUGCUUUGCAUCUGUAUAUUUAGCAAUACUGAACAGCUUCUGCCCUCAUUUCCAUUCACCAAUACACCAAGCCACCUAAACAUAAUCAUAUGUUCUCCAUAUUCAUAUCAAUCUAUUCAUUCACACCAGCGAUCUAAUUCCAAUCAUUACGCUUCAAUUCAACCGUGUCUCAAGUAUUUUCCAUUCAACCUAAGAGCAUGUCUGUGAAUCACAUUAUAGGGUAUUUAUUAUACACUUGUGUAAUUCCCUUUUUCCAUUUGCUCAUGUUUGUCUUUGUAAGCUCUGAAUCUAAUGGUACUUGGAUGUGAUGAAUUGAAGGGUAGUCUGCCGUCUGUCUUCAAAAGCAAUUUCCUAAUCAGAAUCACCCGUUACUAAGAACGCUAACACAAAACAUGAAAGUUAUGAUGCGGGUUCAUUGGAAACUGUCUGGAUGGUUGGAAAUCCCUGGAAAUGGAGUGUAGAUAGCUGCCACCUCUGUGAAAAUGACUGCAAAUAUGGUUUCUGCCAGAUUUAGUAAAUCACUAUGUUUAAUCUUUUUCAGAUUGUGGACUGACACGUGCAGGAAAGCACCCAAAAUGACACAUACAGACACAAAAACAUACCCUCUUUCAUACACACCUAAACACACUUCUUCACACACACACUCUCUUUUAUACACACACAGACACACAAAGCUGAGCAUUUCGGACUUUCCAUGAGGAUUCCGCCGAAGCAAAGAGGGUGGAUUUGUUCCAGCAUGACAGGACAACCUCACUUUGGGAUGACUUACGAAUGAAGGAACCGUUUGUGUGUGCACGUGUGUGUGUGUGUGUGUAUGUAUGUUUGUGCACGUGUGCGUGAGUUGUUCCCUUUCGUUGCUGUAUAGCUACCACUUGUAAAUUGUGACAAGUAUGUGUCCGAGUUUGUAAGCCGUAACUUUAUGAGAAGAAUUGUACUAAAAAUGCACUCAAUAAAUGCCUUGGAAAACAAG